UAUGGGCUUCUCUGUGUCCUUGUCUCAUCGCGUUUGCUCCACCUACCUUUCUAUGUAUAGUAUAAUAAUGCCAUUGAAUGACGCUCCACUAUACUACAUGGAAUUACACAGGAAGGUACGUAGGUGGGGCAAACACGAUUAGACAAAGACACAGAGGGGGGCCUGUAAGAUUGUCUUUCUCUUUUUUUCUUCUAUAGCUUCUUCGGGUUGCUAUCGCGGUCUAUUCUUACAUGUUUAUGGUCUCUGGUCGUCUCGCGUCGCGGUUCGCGGGCCGCGAACCGCGGUAAGAGGGUGUGCCUCUCUAGGGUAAAUCGGUAAAUGAAAGUUCGAGUUGUUUCAGUUUGUUUCGCAUACUACAUCGAUGGCGGAGAGGCAACAUUUCGAAUAGGAAUACGUCAUAUUGUGAUAUCAGCAUGAAUUAUCUCUACGGAUAUCAAUCGCUUAAUAAGCUUUAUGCAUCCUGAGUUGGUGAUGAAACACGGGUACGAAGCUGAAAUUCAUAAGGUGAUCACAGAGGAUGGAUACAUUUUGGAAAUACACCGACUCCCGCGUAGACGGAUCGAUUGUGAAAGUAAUUUCGCAACCGCGAAACGGCCAGUAUUAAUUCAACAUGGUUUGUCCGGUAGCUCCGCGGACUGGAUUCUUUUGGGACCAGGCAGGACUUUAGCAUACAUGCUAGUAGAUGCAGGAUACGAUGUAUGGCUCGGAAAUAACAGAGGAAACGUUUACUCGCGAAAUCACAUAUCGAUGUUGCCGAACGAACGAAAUUUUUGGAACUUUAGCUUCCACGAACUCGGGGUUUACGAUCUACCGGCGACGAUCGAUUACAUACUUGAUCGUACGAACUGUGACAAACUGUAUUAUAUAGGUCACUCGCAAGGUACCACGCAAUUUUGGGUAACGAUGUCGCAAAGGCCCAGCUAUAACGCAAAAAUUCAGUUAAUGGUCGGCCUUGCACCUGCAGCGUUUACUGGCAAUAUACACGGUCCAAUUACAAAACUCGCUAAAUUAACAUACGUAGGCGUGUGGAUCGGCGAAUUAUUCGGUUAUCCAGAAUUUCGUGCACGUUCUACUUGGGGAAAGUUCGUGGUGAACAUACUUUGCCAAGAUACCACGCAAUUCUUUUGCAACAACAUUUUAUUUCUGGUUAGCGGCUUCAACCAAGCGGAGCUGAGCGCGAUGAACUUGACAGCGAUUAUGACUUACGUUCCCGCUGGUGCUUCCUGGAAGCAAGUGGUUCACUUCGGGCAAGGAUACGUGCAUCCAGAUCACUUUAGACAGUUCGAUUAUGGUAGCGUUGAAAAGAAUUAUCAAGUCUACAACUCGUCAGAGCCGCCUGAAUACGAGUUGAACAAAGUAACAGCGCCAGUUGCACUCUUCAGCAGUGAGCAUGACGUACUUGCAGAUAUUAAGGAUGUUGAUCUGUUGAAAACAAAACUCGGUAACGUAUUAUUCCAUGAAAGAAUAUCUCUUAAAUCUUUCAGCCAUUAUGACUUCAUUUGGGGAAAGUCCGCAGUGUCGACCGUAUUUGGACCGAUAUUAAAAUUGUUAGCACUCUAUGACUAAGAGCUACGUUACAGUAUCUCAUUGUUAUGUCAUUGUCAGCUUCUUUAUUCCACAAUUAUAUCUAUGCAACGUAGGUCUAAAAAUAAUUUGAAGCAAAAUAAAAGGUAUGCGCUACUGAA